GGAGGGUUAAUACAUGGCUGCAUGUGCUUACUUCAAACAAACUAUCAAACCUGCAUAGGAGCAACAACAACAACAACAACAAAAAAAGAAAAGACAAAAGAGGGCUCACACUAUAACUCAAUAGUAUCAAGUAUUGUACAGAAGGACCAAUAACAUCAGAAAGGAGGAAUUUAAUAAUUACAAUGUUUUAUGAUCUCAAUUUACCGGUCUCUGCCACACCCGGAUCAGCCCAAGCUGCACAGGAACAGCUCGAAACAAGGAAGAGAGUGGAGCUAUUGAAUCAUUUAGGAUAUCAAGCCGUAGCUUAUAAUCACGAAGUCACAGGCAAAAUAGGCAACAAUCAUAUCAACCCAAUUACAAAACUCAACCUUCCAGGAAUCAAUCUUAAGCAAUAUUCGAGGCUGACAUUGGUAGUUGACGAUGUCUCACAAAAUUAUGGUCUGAAUACCGGUAACCCCACUAUAUCAUCAUACGACAUCAUUGCAGUGCAGCCCACUAAUGAAAAGCUUUUUCAGGCAGCGUGUGGGACAUUUGAAGUCGAUAUUAUCUCGUUGGAUAUGUCUGCAAGGUUGCCCUUUUAUCUUAAGCAUUCUACAGUUGGAUUGGCUAUCGAACGAGGUAUCUAUUUCGAGCUCUGUUAUAGCGCUGCCAUCAGAGAUGCAAGCGCGAGAAGGAAUUUAAUCAGCAAUGCACAAAGUUUGAUUCGAGUAACAAGAGGCAAAAAUAUCAUAUUAAGCUCGCAAGCAAUGAGAGCUAUGGAAUUGCGUGGACCAUACGAUAUCGUGAAUUUUGGUACAUUACUGGGUCUAAACCAAGCUACAGCAAAAGACUGUCUGAGUUCACAUUGCCGCGCAGUUGCAAUGCAUGCAGAAACGCGUCGGAAUACUACGCGCGCUGUCAUCUCUGUAGCCCCAGUGUCCUCGUUGACAGAGACUGAGACGUGGAAGUUGGGAAAUAAGCGCAAAAUCCAAGUCUCUAAAGACACGGCUCAAAAGAAAAAAAGUAAAGAAUCCUCUUCCUCCUGAGGUUCAUAUUGGGAAAUAAAGCAUUAAUCAACUAAAGGAAGG